UGCAGCUCCUUGACAGAAUGGAGCUUACGGCGCCCCGAUUUUUGAUUUUUUCAGGGUGUUUACUUGUCUUCUUUGCCCUUUUAGGGACGACAGGAGCCUGGACUGGGAGUGUAUGUAGCAGAGCAGUCAAAGCUUUUCGCUACCAGAGUUAUUGCUACUACUUGACAUGGCUUCGUAACCAGCUUUAGUGUACAAGGAUAUCUUUGGAUGGCAGAGUGAAGAAUGCAAGAUUUAGUUCACUGUGACGGAUGACCCACAGAGAAGAUGUACCUUCUCAGAGAAAAACAUUCAGCUGCCAGGGCUUAUCAGCCUCAAAUCCUUUCACAAACACAGCUGAAAUGUAGAAUGAGAGAAGAGAGUUUUAAUCUAGGAAUAAAUUCCGGAGACUGGUACAUGUUAACCUUCACGUUUUCUGCUAUGACAGGCGGUUACAGAAACCCGACAAAUACAAAGAACGACCAACCUUAAGCUACGGAGUACUACACCGGAAGUAUCCAAACAAUCAAGGUGAUGCAGUUCCGAUUUGAUUUUGAAGAUCAUGUGCACUGCAACAGCUCCUGUCCAUCACGGUCAUAAUUGGAAGUGGAAAAAGACAUAACCACAUGUGUCGUAAUAAUUUUCUACAUUUUGUGCAUCCGGUAUAUCUGUCUGUGUUAAUUAGUUAACGAGUUCUGUUAAUAUCUCCUAUCUUUCUUGUGUAUUUCAAUUCAACAUUUCUCACUUUUUUUAAAAUAUUUAAAAGUAGAUUCUCUAACAUCCUCAAAAACAAAAAUAAUUCGUAUGAAUAUGUUCAAAUUAUUUGCCCAAAUAAAAACAAUUCUAAGAAGCUUGAAGACCGAACGUGGUAAAAAUCUGACCAUGCGAAACCAAAAACUAUUUGCAAUUGUUAUAGAUAAAUGUUAUUAUUUUGACUAAAUAUGGGCCAUCUACCUAUUUUCACUAAUGGAAGAUUAUGCUUUGUUCAAGUCACCUAUCAACGAUCGUUGGUCUGGCUGUUUAGAUGCAUUCAGCGGGAUCGCUGAUUAUACAUUGGAAGUAUUUAAACUGCAGCCAAAUCAACAUUCCAAAAUUAUAGAGGAGCCUGAUCCCCUUGGACCUGUUAAUAUGCAUCGAAUGAACCACACCACUUCAUCUAAUGUUUUCACCAAAACGCAUACCCCUUCUGAACCUGGAAUGUACAGCCGGAUUUUGGAGAUCAGAGAUGUAGCUAACAACUCUGUCUACGUCAGAAGAUUCCCUCUGUAUGACCCAGUAUCAGUAAGCACGAUCAGCAAUAAUAAUAAGUGUUUGUAACUUCUGCUGAAGCAGACUCUGGGCAUAAAUGGCAGUCCUGGUAUGGGAACUCUACUGGCGGUCGAACAUAUAUAGACAUUACUUGUAAGGAUUACUUCUUAAACACACUUCACGAAAAUAACUGCUUCCUCAACUCUAUCAGUCCCUAUCCUAUUCAACUGGAUGAUGGAGGAAGACGUGGGAAGGAUACAAGAGGAUAUUCCCACGGUUUGAGGAUAACGAAGGAGAAAGGAAGACGGCGAAGAUCCCCAACGUCCGGGGUAUUGUACGCUUCGGCACUAUGACUGACUAUGAUAAUAGUCGUGGAUUAUCGCUGAUAGAUCCUCCUGGCGUACACUGACUGGUAUUAAAGAUGGCGACACUGAGCUUUGUAAUCCAGGCGCCUUUGAGGACGGAAGUACGGCAAAAGUAUGGGUUCCCGCUCACGACGCCAUGGGAAACACUAAAAUAGAAACAACACUUGUUCAUUUUGACAUGUCUCGGCCAGAUGUCAUCACUGAACCCUCAAUACAAGCCAAGAUCGAAAGCGGAACCUUCCCGUUUUCCGGUCUGUAGAAUAAUUUAUAAAUCAGUAUUCAAGGUAAAGGAAACUUAUAGUUAGAAUUUACAAAGAGGGAUUUCGUUUACCUGAUGCAGAUAAAAUGUUCAUAUUACAAAUAGGGCAAAAGGAAGUUGCCCACGCUGAAUUGUGACAAGUAACAUACUUUGCUUAAACACAGUAUUUUUUCGGCGAUAAAGUGAAAUAGGCCCUUUGGACGAUAAUCUCUUUACACUUUAAUCAGAUUGCUACAAAUGUAGUUCGACAUUUCAAUAGUUGUGUUUGGAGUAAUUUUUUUCUCUAAGUGUCGAUAUGGUGUACUGUUUGUUAUAUUAAUAUCUUCUUCAUAUAUAAACAAAUAUUAACAGAAAGUUGCAUAGUCACUUUCAAAAUUCAGAGAAGCCCAAGGUUAAUGACAGCAAUACUUAAGUAAAAAAUAGCCUGAUUUUCCCUUAUUUAUAAUAUUUUCAAAAAGUUUGCGAAGGUAAUGCAAAAGAUAAAUGUACGUCUCGAAUUUAUAUAAGACAACGACAAUGGGACAGGCCCUGUAAACAGUAACGCACAUAAACAACGAAAUGACUAACAUGGACGCUAUUAAUAGACAUAGAGAAAUACCCUAUAAGACAAAGACAGCAGGUCACGCCCUGUAAACAGUAACGCACAUAAACAACGAAAUGACCCUUCGAGGACAACAGCCGGACAAACAAGUAACAGACAAACAUAGACAUGAUACAAAUACAGGACUAACAUGGACGCUAUUAAUAGACAUAGGGAAAUACCCUAUAAGACAAAGACAGCAGGUCACGCCCUGUAAACAGUAACGCACAUAAACUACUUUGUCCAUGUGCCUCCUGUAUUUGUACCAUGGUUAUACUGUUUUUGUCUGUAACCUGUUUUAGGAUGGCACGGGACUUUUUGUCUUUUUGAGUGCAGUGCUUUUCUACGGGACACUCUUCCAUAAUACGACAUGGACAGCAUGGCUACGAAUUUUCCGACUACGUUUGACUACGCCUAGUCAAAGAACAAGGCAUAUUCACGGAGCUUCAACGACGACAUUAUUUACUAUGGUGAAGUGGAUCUCACGUCCGAGCCAUGGGCACUGUCGGGGAAGAAUCUCUCACUAGAACAAGAAAUCAGGUCCGGUUGUUUUGCCACCACAUGUUAUCCAGUCAACACUCGGAUGCUGAUACCAUCGUAAUUAAGCCACUGAAAAGUCGAUAAAAAGAUCACUAACACGCUCGGUAAUUCAACGGCAGUGGCAGUGACCUUGAAGUAAAAUCACACGAAAGACCACAUUCUAUAUAGCGAGCAGGCUUAAACAUCAGAGGAAAUGUCAGGAACGGAAGAAAUUGCCAGACUUGUUCUGGUGGACUACAUUACAUUUGGGUCAGCUAUACUCAUUUCAAUUUCUAUCGGUAUAUAUUUUGCGUUUGCGGGAGGGAAACAGAAAACUACAAAUGAAUUUCUCAUGGGAAAUCGUCACAUGAAGGUACUUCCGGUUGCGCUGUCGCUAAUGGUAACAUUUGAAUCUUCCAUCACGAUGCUUGGAUUUCCCGCGGAAGUGUACGUGCAUGGAAUUAUGUUUUGGUGGGCGUUAUUUUCCUUUAUGUUUGCCAAUUUUAUUGGAGUACUGAUAUGGGUUCCGCUGAUUCAUCCACUCAAAGUCACCAGCCUUUACCAGUAUCUGGAGCUACGAUACAAGUCUCGUGGAAUCCGCCUCCUAGGGACCAGUGUGGCGGGUGUAGGAACAAUAUUUUACCUGGGAAUAGUACUUUAUGGUCCCGCAAUUGCCUUAGAUGCAGUCACAGAAUUUCCAAUAUGGGCCUCCAUAACGUUGGUAGCUGCGGUGUCUGUCCUGUACACGGCUAUAGGCGGUCUUAAGGCUGUGAUCUGGACAGAUGUGUUUCAGUGUCUUGUCAUGCUGAUAGGGAUGUUUUCAGUUAUUAUCAAAGGCACCAUUACUGCUGGAGGGUCAGCGAAGCUGUUUGAGAUUGUCGGUAAUAAUGGAAGACUUAAUUUCUUCAAUUUUGACCCCGACCCGUUUGUGCGUCAUACCUUUUGGAGCCUGUUGAUUGGAGCAACUAUACGGACAAGUGGUCUGGUAUUCAAUCAGUCGUCCGUACAGAGGAUCAGCUCCAUGCCUACACAACGUGCUGCCAACAAAGUCCUCUUAUUCGCUGGUCCCGCCUUUUUGUUUACUAUGUCAUUAGCAGCAUUUGAGGGAAUCAUCGCCUAUGCUUACUUUUAUACAAAGGGCUGUGAUCCUUUAGCGUCCAAACAAAUCACCAAUGCUAAUCAGGUUAUCCCAUUCAUGGUGCUGGACAUUUUCAGGAAUCUGCCGGGAAUGUCAGGUCUCUUUUUAGCCUCGCUCUUCAGCGCAUCUUUAAGUACACUGUCAUCCGGGUUAGCAAGCUUGUCUGCUCAGCUGACUGAAGACUUUGUUAAGCCUACGUUUAAGGAUUUGACGGAUUCCAGAACAACAAUGAUAGCGAAGCUUUCUGUUAUCGUGUUUGGAAUGGCAGCUGUCGCAGUUUCUUUUAUGAUUAUAAAUAUUGAGGGCCCAAUCACGGAGGUCACAUACAGCAUUCUUGCAGCGUUUGGUGCCCCGAUGACGGGGUUGAUGUUUUAUUCAGCAUAUUUUCCAACGGCUACCAAAAAGGGUGCUGUGGCCGGAGUUGUCAGUAGUAUGACGUUUAUAUUCUGGAUAUCGAUGGGACAGAGUUUCUCAACGACUCUGAAGAAGACACCGUAUCUGCCCGCGGGUCCGACAGAUCAGUGUGCAGCUUUUGGAGAGAAUAGCACAAGCUUACUAAACACCACAUACUUUUACUCGCCGACGGAACCAACAAUUACUCCAACAUCAGUUUUCUCAGGAUUCCGUGAAAAUGAAGGACUUGACAGACUGUAUGCUAUUUCCUACCAAUGGCUGGGUACCUUGGGCAUUAUAAUCUUCCUCGUCAUUGGUUCACUCGUCAGCUAUAUAACAGGUCGUCCAGAUCCAGCUGAAGUUGAUGUUCGCUACAUUCUUCCAAUUGUAGAUCACGUAUUUCCCUUCCUCCCAAAACGCUUCAGAAAAUGGUGCUACGGUGGUGCACCUUUUGAAAAGCGACAACAACUACUAGAUAAUAUGGACCAAGGAGUCAUGAACCAGGAGGUAAAUUUCAUCAGUGUCGUAGACACAGAAAAGGAGACGAAUGGAAAACCUUACAAAGAGGAAGAAUUGAAUACUACUCAUCUCUGACUUUACACGUAAUGUUAGAUCAGUAUUUAUUCGAUUGCAAAAAAGAUUAGUACCAACGCGUCCUGACGUCAUCGAAAACAUGCUUGCAAGGGAUCGCAAGCUAUGAUAAGCAGACUGAACAUUUAUUUACUUUCAAGAGACUGAUCAACAUAAAUGUAUAUCAGAAAUGGAUAACUGUAUAUGCGGAUUUGUAUCAACAGCGCCAUUUUGGAAACCAACCGUAUUUUUUGAAAUAAUAUGAAAUAAAAUAACAAAGU